AUGUCUCUUUUAUCCGAUGUUGAUAAUCCCAAUUCAAAUUAUAAUAAUUCGGGUUUUAUUCUACCCGAUUUUGGAUUCAAGAUUGGAAAUAGUUGUAAUGGGUUGAUUUGUUUAACAAAGAUUCAAAUUUGUAAUCAGAGUUUGAUUUGGAAUCCUAUAAUCCGUGAAUUUGUCAUACUUCCAAAGCCCACAACCGCAACCACAGAUAGAAAUGUGAUUAUGGGUUUCGGUUAUUGUAAACGCACCGAUAGAUAUAAAGUGGUUCGAAUUUUUCGUAAGCUUAUAGAUUAUUGUCAUAAAAAACGAGCUGAAAUAUACGAGUUAGGUGUUGGAUUACAAUGGAGAGAAAUUGGGGAUGUACCAUUUAAUAUUCCUUCGUCAAAUCGUGGUUUUUUCUUUAAUAAUUCAAUUCAUUGGUUGUUAUUGGAGUGCAGCAACAAUAACAAUAACAAAAACAAUAAAAUCGAUAAUUUCGAUCUCAUUGGUGGAUUUGAUUUCGUAGAGGAGAUAUUUAUAACAAUCUCGCCACCACCCAUUUUUAAAUCCGAUAAGAUGAACGAGUAUUAUUGGUCGAAUUUAGGUGUCAUUGGAAACCGUUUUUCAAUAUGUGCUACCGAUGCAGUGAGGUUUAGACCCGAUAUUCAAGUAUGGGUCAUGGAGCAAUAUGGAAAAUCGGAUUCAUGGUCGAUUCGAUACUCUAUUCGAGACCCUUUCAAGGAUUGGUGUAAUCCUUACAAAUGGAUUCAAGUUAUAAAUUAUCUUAAGGAUAGAAAGAUUUAUAUGAUGUGUUCACAUGGUUAUGUUGUUGCUUAUAAUGCCAUUGAUCGAAAGUAUGUGGAUUAUACGAAGGAAUUGACAUUUGAUAGCAUUGCUCAUGUUCCUAGCCUUAUAUCCUUGAAAGAUAUUUUGAAUCAACGUAAUGGAACGGGAUCAUUGGAAAUGAUGGUUAAUUGUGGGGGUGUAGACAAGUUUUCGGUUUACUUUAUGUGUUCUUACCAAUACGAUGGACGUAUGGAGAUUAAAUCAAAACUCACAAGUUCAAGUGAAUUGGGUUUUAUCAUCAACUGCCAACAAUAA